GCAUUUCGUUCUGGAUAAAGAGGACACUUAGCAAGAGGACACCUUCCUCUCUUGACUGGGAUUGAGACCCAGUGUCUUUGGGUGAGGAGCCAACCACUCCAUAUGCAAAGCAAGGUGGGUACAGGCAGGGGCUCUGAGACUUAGGGAUUUGUGGCCUAAUAAAAUUACAAAUUAAAACUGGGUCCUAACAUAGGGCCAACAACUUUUGAUUUCACCACUUAAAAGAACAUUUUAUAAUACUCCUAUUAAUAAUAAUACAAGAAAGAAGAUCUAACCAUUAUAAAGAGAGCUUAUGAUGGACCAGGCACUGUUUGUUAUGUCUUUCAUGAAUUAUUUGAUUUGAUUCUCAUAAUAAAAAUCCCUACUCUGUAGGCGCUAUUAUCCCCAUUUUAUACACAAGGAAACUUCUUAUGUUAAGUAAAUUGUUCCCGGGCCUGUGCUGAUAACUAGUGUAAUAUAAGCUCAUCUUCGAAAACAAGCACACAAGGCAGGUCCUAACCUCAAAAUUUGGGCAUAAAUGAGUGAGAAGCCCCGUCAGUGAAGCUGGAUGGCUCUGAUGUUGAGUUUUAGGGCACUUAUUUAACGUUCACUGUGCCUCAGUUUGUUCACCCGCAAUGAAAAUAAGAAUACCCACCCCAUGGGCUGUUGGGCAGAAUGAAUUUCACACGUGCUCCUCAGAAAGAGCCCCUCGCACAGCGACUGACAGUGGUAAGGACCCAGUGCGUGCCAGCCACGGGGCUCAUCACUGCUAUUCCUCUGGCAGGGCCCCGCAAGCUUACCUCUUGCUAGGAGGAAACUGGGCGUGGAUACCACAGCGUGGCUCUGCUUUGGCCGUCAGAUGGUUGCUGGGACUGACUGUCCCCUCCUUCACUAACAGAAGCAGGCAGAAACAUUUGGGCUUUGCUUCCCAUUGGUUGAAAUGGGUGCUGCCAUGGCAGCCCUUGUAAACAUUCAGUCUGGGAAUCCUGGGGGAAAGCUGCAGAGAGGCUCUUUCCGCGGCUUCCCAGGCUACUACGGUUCCAAACAAGGAUCUGUCUGGUCACUCAGAUCUUCCCAUCGUGUGGAACCUCCUGGGAGCCAGAAGGCACUGAAGAGACCACUGCUGUGGUCUGGUCAGAGGAAAAUGGAUGUGACUAAAAGUGUCAAAACUCAGACGAAAAUAGAUGUGGAUGAAAGUCCUACAGGCCGGACGACAGCCACAGAAGACUACAGCAACCUGACGGAAACAGCUCUGGCUUCAGUUAACAGGGCCGUCACUGAUGCUGUUAAGGCUGUAGAAGAAGCUGAAAACCCCAUCAGAAACAUCACCUGGAUCACACACAGUGAAUUCACAGAAGAAAGAGGCCGUGAACAAAUUGAAGAGUUCAUUUUGACUUGGGAGCAUCAAGACAACUGGCUGCACUACACAGAACUCAUAGAGAGGAAAGACUUGAUUCACAGCUUCCACUACAUCUACUGUGUACGCUGGAGCAGUCCAACUGCUUCAAGACCCAUGACACAAGUUGGUGCUGCUGCCUUCUUCACCAUCAAGGUCUUCAAAAGCAAACCAGAUAUACCCAUUGAAGUCUCUUACAUCUUUGAGGACCAUUCAUUAGUUCACAGACCAGGAAUGACUUGCUUUCAAGGAAAAUGGCCGAAGGACAUUACUGAGUCCAAAAACACUCUAAUGGAGUCAAUUGACUUCUAACGCGAUUGUGUCUGAUUCUCAGAGAAUGUUUUAGGAUUGGAUUUCUAGUCAGAAUGUAUUAAAAAAUACAAUACAGUACAUCAAACCACAGAAUAUUUAUUGAAUAAUAAAACUUGUGGCACAUUAACCAGCUGUGUUUUUUUGUAUUCAUUCACUUUCCAUUUGGCAACUUCUGUCACAUUAGCACAGUAACCAGUAAGUUGUUUUCUGCUUUCUAAAAGGUUUUUACCAUCACUGUCUGUAUCACUCAGCCUUAGAGAA